AUGUCCACGAAGAGGAUGGCCCCAACCAAGAUCGGCACCCACGACGGGUCCUUCCACUGUGACGAGGCGCUCGGAUGCCACCUCCUGAGGCUGACGAAAGCCUACGCAGACGCGACGAUCGUGAGGACGCGCGACCAGGAUCUCCUGAGCGAGUGCGACAUCGUCAUCGACGUCGGCGCGACGUACGAGCCUGAAAAGUUUCGCUUCGAUCACCACCAGAAGGGCUUCGAGGAGGUCUUCGGGCACGGCCACACCACGAAGCUGUCCUCCGCGGGGUUGGUGUACAAGCACUUCGGCCGCGAGAUCGUCGCGAACGUCCUGAAGAAGGACGCGGCCGAUCCGAUCGUGGAGAAGAUUUACCUCAAAGUCUACAAGUCCUUCGUCGAGUGCGUGGACGGCGUGGACAACGGCGUGCAAAUCUUCGAGAGCGACAAACCCGCGCUGUACGUGGACAACACCGGCCUCAGCGCGCGCGUGGGGAAGUUCAACGCGAACUGGAACGAGCCGUUCACGGACGAGACGCAGAUGGCCGGGUUCGAGAAAGCCAUGGCGCUCGCGGGCGGAGAGUUUGAAGACGCCGUGAGAUACUACGGCGAAGUGUGGCACCCGGCGCGCGCGCACGUGAUCGACGCCCUCGACGCCGCGUCCGCGACGCACGCGUCCGGGGAAAUCCUGAAGCUCGAGACGUUCUGCCCGUGGAAAGAGCACCUGUUCGAGCUCGAGGAGGAGCGCGGGAUGACGACGCUGCCGAAGUACGUCCUGUACGACGACGGGAAAGGGUCGUGGCGCGUCCAGGCGAUUCCGGAGACGCCGUCGUCGUUCAACUCGCGACGCGGGCUGCCGAAGGCGUGGCGCGGCGUGCGCGACGACGCGCUGAGCGAGCUGUCCGGGAUCGAAGGGUGCAUCUUCGUGCACGCCGCGGGGUUCAUCGGCGGGAACAAGACGUACGACGGCGCGCUCGCGAUGGCGUCCAAGGCGCUCGAGCUGGAGUAA